GUUUUGCAAAAGCUACAAAUAAUUUUGGGUAGUGGCUUUGAGUGACAUCGUAACCUUACGACGCGCGACGAACACGGGUUAUUGCAUGUAAUUAAUGAUUUACCGGGGUUUUUAAAAUAAUCCGUAUAUAUUAUCACUGCCGAUUUCUUGUACAGAUAAGUGUGUUAGUGAUAAAACCGUGUUAGUGUGGAUUGUUUGUGCCGGUUUGUUGUUGCAUCGUCGUCGAGAUAAAGCUUGACAAUGGGAAACGUUCACACUUGUGGUCCAAAUGAAGCUCUCGUCGUAUCAGGAGGAUGUUGCGGGUUCAUGAAGAAGAAAACCAUCGUGGGUGGUUACGCGUUCACUUGGUGGUUCGUCACAGAUGUCCAACGAUUGUCUCUCGAGGUUAUGACCCUGAAUCCCGUCUGCGAGAACGUGGAAACCGCCCAAGGUGUGCCAUUAACUGUUACCGGGGUGGCACAAUGCAAGAUUAUGAAGGCUGACGAACUUCUGCACACUGCCAGUGAACAAUUUCUGGGUAAAAGCGUUCAUGAAAUUAAAUCCACGAUCCUGUCCACCCUCGAGGGUCAUCUGCGUGCAAUAUUGGGAACACUCUCGGUGGAGGAAGUGUACAAGGAUCGGGAUCAAUUCGCGACGCUCGUAAGGGAGGUCGCCGCCCCGGAUGUCGGUCGGAUGGGCAUCGAGAUCCUGUCGUUCACGAUAAAAGACGUCUACGACGACGUUCAAUACUUGGCGUCGCUCGGCAAGGCUCAAACAGCGGCAGUAAAACGAGACGCCGACGUUGGCGUCGCCGAGGCGAACCGCGACGCCGGAAUCCGGGAAGCAGAAUGCGAGAAGGCAGCGAUGGAUAUAAAAUACAACACCGACACAAAAAUCGAAGACAAUGCCAGACUUUUCCAACUGCAGAAGGCAAACUUUGACCAAGAAGUGAACACAGCUAAAGCGGAAGCGCAGCUGGCCUACGAGCUUCAAGCAGCGAAAAUCAGGCAACGAAUACGAAACGAGGAGAUCCAGAUUGAGGUAGUUGAAAGGCGUAAACAGAUCGAGGUCGAGGAGCAGGAAGUUCGUCGAAAGGAACACGAGCUUCAGAGUACGGUGCGACUUCCGGCUGAAGCUGAACAUUACAAAAUGGGAAAAGUGGCUGAAGGAAAAAGAACGCAGACCGUGGACGCGGCGAAAGCUGAAGCUGAGAGGAUUCGAUUGAUCGGAGAAGCCGAGGCUCAAGCUCUAGAGGCGGUUGGAGUAAUGGAAGCUGAACGUAUGCGGAUGAAAGCUGCCGUGUACAAGAAAUACGGCGAGGCUGCUAUUCUGAACAUUGCUUUAACCGCUCUGCCAAAGAUUGCCGCGGAGGUAGCAGCACCAUUGGCGAGAACAGAAGAGAUCGUUCUUCUGGGUGGAAACGACGCGACCAGUGGAGAAAUAACACGCCUUGUGGGGCAAGUACCUCCAGCUGUUCAAGCACUGACCGGUGUAGAUCUUUCAAAAGUGUUAGGAAAGAUACCAGGCGCGAAGUAAUGGUGGACGAAUCAAGAGAGAAGAACGGCGACCAGGCGAUCGGACAUUCGGAAUCGGCUGUAGAAAAGAACAAACUCUAUACUGCCAAAUAUUUCCCCGCUACUCUAAUCAUCCUCCGGUGACACUCCACUUUUUUCUCUUUCCCGAAUUAUUCUACCUCAAACGUAGAUGAAGCGACGCUCAACAGAAACGUUCAUACCACCGCGGCAACGGCGUCGAAUUGAAAAUCGAUCGAGUUCAAACUCUGGUUCCAUUUACGAUACGACGUUCAUCGUCGAUUAUACAGAACGCACAUCGACGAUUUCAGCUUCACCCUUGAUCGUUCGUGCACGUUUCUCUUAAAGAAAUCUCGGGUGCACCGAGUCGACCCGAUCUCUCCGGGUGACUCUUCUCAAAGAUCUCGUCAAACGUUUCCUCGUCGAUCGAUCUUUAAACGACGCAGUCCAGAACGCAUUCGAAAGGAAGAUGAAAUGCGGUAGAUGAAUGAGGAAGGCAAAGCGAAUCGGCACAAGCAGCGACAGAAAUAAAAAAAAAAAAAUUUCAAGAUUCACCGCUGGUUCACGCGUGUACCAUUCGACCAAACGGGAAUCCAGUUACCUAGUGAAUGUACGCCGUUACAUUUGCGAGUCUAUUGUGAUUGAAAACUCUCGAUCAUUGUGUUCAACAUAAGUAAGUAACUUAACGAAAGGGAGAGGAGAGAUGGUGAACGUUGGUGCGGAGUUAGCGACGUGGAAGUCAACUGUCCGUAGUUGGUUGUACAUACUCAUAGUAUCGUGUGUAUAAUAGCAGCUGAGGUUUCUAACUUGCUUAGAAUGAGACGCGUCGAACGAGAUAAAAGAGCGUUAUAUUCUUAUUUAUAAGAAAUUACAAAUGGAUUGUACACUAUUUUUAGAGCACCCUACAUGUAUAUGUCCCCUACAAGAGGAACUGAAUAUUUAGAUAUUUGAGGAAUAAAUACUUUGUGAUACAUUUGAAACCCGUUAAAAGGUGCUGAAAUAUAUUCCAGAAUUAUGUGUCAUUUAAUCAUUAUUUCUAAUUGUACAAUGCACUUUUUGAAUUUGUUAAGUCUUCCAGUUGAUCACUGAAAUGAUUCCGUAUUAAGUUCUCGCAAAGUAUUUAUUUUUCAAAUUUAUUUUUCUGAGGGAAAGGAAUUAUAAAUUUCAUUAAGACCACUAAGUUUCUCAGUGUUUCAAAAGUUAAAAUUCUACACUGAAUAGUAAAACAGAAUAACAAUGAAUGAUAGAAGAUGCAAAUAAGCGCUCGAGUAUCCUCGUUCGUCGCGAUCGCACUCGAAAUUCUCUCGGUUGACCACGCAUCGGAAUCAAUCCUAUUCCGUUCUAUCUAUCAAUUAUACUCCAUAAUGAAGAAAAAGUGCCAACUUGUACAUACAGUAUCGUCACACCGCCGUAUAGUAAGACAAAUUAUAUUUUCUAUUGCGUAACGUGCAUCCCUGCUGUGUUGCAUCUUUUUAUUCGGUUCGCAAUAGCUCUACCCCUCAAGCAACCCUUCAGACCCGUACUAUUUUGUUCGAAAAAUACUCAAAUUGGACAAUUUCACCGCGCAAAAUCUCGAGAUCAGGGUUACAAUCGUAACUGAUAAUCACAUAAUAUCGGGCGUCGCUGAGUACAAAUUCCAUUGCCCUGUCCCGAUGUGUAUUUGGUACUCGCUAAAGAUAACUGGUUUGAAGACGUUUGAAUGUUUCUGUCGUUUUUUUAUUUCAAUUUUUUAAGCUUUAAUUAGUGUCAUUUAAGACUUUUAGAUUCUACUAUAAAAGAACUUUCUACUUAAUCCUUUUAAGAUCUGACAGAAAUUUUAUUAAUUUUCAAAAUACUUAUAGCUUCAAGCUGAUUGCAAUUAAAAUAGACAGUCAUAUCUAAUUAAUUGAGAUUUGCACGAUGAGCUUUGAAACAAUUUUACAAAUCAAAGUUUAUGCAAUAUACAUGGAUUGUGUUACUUUUAAAUGUGUGCUUUACUCUUUGUAAAAAUAAUAAUUAUGAGCAUUUUGUGUCUACAUUAAUUGUAUAUAUAUUGGUAUUUGAAUACUUUUGUGUGUACUAAAUAUUAAGUAAAAAUUGAUCAGUAAUUGUAAAUACAGCAUAGAAAAAUUUAUUUUAAUUUUACCAGAUGUUUUAUUUAUUUUUUUAUCUAUUUAUUUAUUUAUGCAUUCGAUUGCUAGUUUAUCUUUCUCAGGGUAAUUUAUUCCACUUAUAUAUAACAAAACUCCAGACCUCAAAGUCUUCAAACCAAAGGGACGAAAAGAAAUUCUCAUCCCUUUCUUAAAAAAAUUAAAGCGAGUAUCUAAAAGGUAGAAAGAGAGAUGCAAGAACGUAACAUUUUCAGCUGACAAGUCUUUCCAAAAAUAAAAAGUACAUUUAGAACAGUACAAACGAGAUGACAGAGAGAGAAUUAAUUGCCAGAGUGAAAUUAUAUACAGUGAAGCGUUAAGAAAGUGCAAGGUCCGCGUCUAUAUAGUAUUUUUAUUAAUAAGAAGCGAUUAAAGCUGUAAAUGCCGAUUAUAUAAAUGAAAGAAAAGAAAGAAAGAAAAAAGUAGAAAACUUCUAUCGCUGUCGAGGCGGAUGUUUUAUACAUAUAAGCUAUUUUUUAGUAAGGUUUAGCGCACCCUUUCCGAUGGGUAGUCAAUGCGAGAAGUCGCCAUGUAAAAUUCUGAUAGCCUCAAGAUGUUCGUUCUUCUUCUUUUUUUUUUUUUAUUAUUAAUUUUGCCUUUUGAAAAUCGUAGACCCGCAAAAGUUCAGAUAUUACGAAAGAAGAAAAAGGAAGAAAAACUCGACGUCUACGUGUUCGACGGAAAUUUGUCACCGAUCGAAAUCAAUUUCAGGAGAAGCGUAUUCGACUUCCAUUUCAUGUUCAACGAUCGAUCAAUUGAAUAAUCAAUUGUAAUUGUCGUUAUGUGUCGUCGAGGAAUCGGGGUCAUGUAGAUAGUUUGUGUAUUACAGUAUCGUGCAUAGUAGGCCGGGACAUAGCCAUUUCUCCCUGGGGAAGCUUACCAUGCUCGAUGCUGUACGCCCUCCGAAAUUCGUGAUGUCGUAAAAACGUCUACGCGACGAUGUCUUAGAACUUUUCUGCCGAAUACUACAUUAAUAUUUUUCAAUAUUUAACUGAAAACUGACGAUUUUCUUUCAUCAACAUUAAUUUAAAUAUUUUACAAAAUUUUCUGUUUCACUUUUAUAAGCGUUUUAUGAACUUUUUGAAUUUGAUUUUAUUCAAACUUCUUGAUAUUUUAUAUAAACGUACCAUUUAAAUUUAUUUACAUAGAAGAAAAUGUAAUUUGUAAGUAGAACAAAGAAGAGGAAAAGUGAAACGAGACUUGUAGAAUUCUUAAACGAUAUGAUUAUUAGGCUAAUUAUAAUUGAAUCUAUUGAGUCACCGCAUAACAAUAUGGAACAAAAGAAAAUGUGAUUCAUAAAAGUAAUCAUCUUUCUACGUGAGAAAAAGACGACUGAUUAUAGCGAUCGCUAGUUCUUUAAAUUUUAUUAAGAAAAAAUGAAACACUGAAAAUUUUGAUGUCACUCUUCGUAGCGUUCCAUCAAAUACAAUGAUCUAUGAUGAAUCUCUGUAAAUUUGAAGCGAGUACUCAUCAAUUCUUUCUCUCGUUUACGAACGAGCGUGUAGACGAUUUUAUAAUGCAAUUUCGACUGUUUUCUAUCGAAUAAUUCAGGUAACACGUAAUUCAGAUUCACGUAACAGAAGUUUCUUCAAGCUAUCAGCAACAGUUCGCUAAAGUAUCUUCUUUCAUUCCAUACUCAAGGGGUUUACGAUCCCGUCAGAUUAUUAUUACCUGACGUAGGAAUAUUAUUAUCGAGACGUAGAAAAUUAUGUCUCGAUGAUUUUAUUUAAAAAAAAAAAGAAUUAACUGAAUUAUGAUAUCGAUUGUUUAAUUAUACGUGGAUUCUUCUUUUGUGAUCCAAAGUAAUUAAGUCUAAGUCAACAGAAAUUGUGAAGAUAUAUAGUUGUUUUUCUUUUUGUCUGUUUGUUUUAAUUAACAACAUUGUUUCAUAAAAGGUAUAUUCUAAAUAUUUUACAUCCGAGUAUAUUAAUGAUAAUUUUGAUUCGCUUCCUCAUUAAACAAAAUUAAUAUUAUUAGGAACAAGACUGUGUUGCUAAUUUAAACAAGCGAGAUGAUUUUUUUAAGAAAGGAUCUAUUUUUAAAUAAUAUUUUAUGUACAUUUUUCUUAUUUUGUAUCCUGCAUUUAUGGUUAACAACAUUGCAAUCCAUUGUAUAUCGAAGAUGCAUUUCAUUUAAAGGCCUUGUUAUUCUUAUUAUUACAUCUUUAAUUUAUAUAUAUAUUUUUUUUGCGAAAUGCUGCAGAAAUGGUUAAUUUGGGUCAAUUAUACUGAAGGAAAACAUAUGCUCUUUAGCGCACAAUCUGUAAUCAAUUCUGCGACUAAUUAAUAAUUAUUACAAUUUUAAAAUAAAAACUUUCUCGAUUUCUGGAAUAAUAUAAAAAGAAAGGAAAAUAAUUAAAAGCGAAAUUUACAAACAAGUAUACAUAUUUUAUUUACAAUUGUACAUAGCUUACUUGCACUAAUCACAUUCCAAGAUUGGAUAGCUUUUCAUUAAUUUUGUUAAGUUAUUCUUGACGCAUUUUAUUUAUCAUCUUCGAUAUACAUACAGGAAUAUACGUAGCGAACCAAUUCUCGAAUUUCUGCAGAUGCAUAUUAUUACGUUUUUUACCAUUGUCUUCCUGAAUCAAUAUAAUUAAUGUAACAACAAACACGAGUAAACACAUCACAGUGGAUCAUUGUUAAACUUUAAAUCUCUGUGCUUAGAAACGUUAUACAGAGAUUAUUGUAAAAAUUCUAGAAAUUUAUUAACUCGUUCGCUGUCCAUCACGCGGUAUCGCGGGCUUCAUCGUUAGCUUUUUAAUAUUGAGGCACACACCCACCGACUCGCUUUUAAAGCUCGGCAGCAAACGUAUUAAUGUACAUAAUUGACUAUAUUAAUUAGUAUAUUAACUUGAACAUUACAAUCUACAAUUGACUUCUAUUAAAAUACUUAGAAUGUAUAUUACUUUAUUUUUAAAUGCAGAAAACUUCGAGAAUUUAGUUCCAAAUUUUUAAUUUAGAGUAUCGCAAUUCAGAGUACCUUCACGAAACAGAACAGUCUAACAUAUGUAUACAUUUUAUAUUAGAUUAUAUUACCAUUUUUAUUAUUAUUGCAUAUAUGUAUUUAAGAUAAUAUUAUUUUAACAGGAUUUUAUGAUAUUUUGUUUGUAACAAAUUAUGUAUUUAUGUUACACAAACGAGCGAACUUUAAUUUCAUUCAUUUGAUUCGUAUGAGCUAUACUAUGAAUGAUGAUGUUUAAUGAUCUAAAUGAUGAUUAAAGAUCCCUUUUCCUAAAGGUCAUGGAUCGGUUCGGACCCUUGUGAGCAACCCUUAAAUAAUUAAACAGUGUCGUACUGUGUUUCUUCUAUCUCUUACCAUGUAUUUAAAGAAAAAAUAAUAAUUAUGACAUUAUUUUGCAUUGCUUUACAUAAUAAAAAUACUGGUAUCCAUGAUUUUUAGCCAGACACAUGGAAUUUGCCGUCGGUAAAUAUGGAUUUUCAAUUGUAAAUUUUCGCAAAAUUCAUAGUUAUAUACUCAGUCUAUAUGUAUAUGUAUAUGUCAAUGUACACGUACGUGCAGGAUGGAAGCCUGGUGUUCUUUCGCAGACUUGAAUGUCUGUGAAAUAGGACCAAAAGAAUGAAAAGAAACCAAAAAAAAAUAAGGAAAAGCAUUUAGUGAAAUGAAAAGCGAAGAAGAGAAAGCGUUCAGGAUUCUAGUUAGAAAUUCCAAAUUCUACCGAAACUAAAUCUAGAAAGAAAAAUAAAAUGAAAGAAUGAAUCUAGCCUUUUGUAAACGAUCAACACCGAGAGUGUUGUAUAUUUUGAGAAUCAAUUACGUGCUAGAAGUGUCUCAACGCGUAGAUAGAGGACAAUAUUAAUAAUUGUGUCAUACUCUAUUCUAAUUGAAAGUAAUCGAACAAACAUACACACGCAUUAAUUGACAUACACACACAUACACAAAGAUACAGACCUACACCCCUAUGCAAUGUGAAUUAGUGCAUAUUUUUAAUAAAUGGAUUGUAAAAUU